AUGACCAAAGACAAAGAAUCUAUCACCAGAAGCUUUUGCUUUGUGUACAUUUUGACCUUAAUAGUUGGAACCAUAAUCCAGUUCUCUGAUGAAAGUGAAUUUGCAGUAGACAUGUCGAAAAUGAAACUUACGCAUGUUCCAAAAGACCUGUCACCAAAAACCAAAGUCUUAGAUAUAUCUCAAAACUACAUAUCUAAGCUUCACAUCGCUGACAUUAGCUAUCUCUUAGGGCUGGAAGUUUUGAUACUUUCCUAUAAUAGACUCCAGUGCCUCGAUUUUAGCAUUUUCAAGUUCAACCAGGAUUUGGAAUAUUUGGAUUUAUCUCACAAUCAGUUGCAGAAGACCUCUUGCCACCUUAUCAGGAGUCUCAAGCAUUUAGACCUCUCAUUCAAUGACUUUGAUGUCCUGCCCAUCUGUAAGGAAUUUGGCAACUUGACGCAACUGAAUUUCUUAGGAUUAAGUGGUACAAGGUUACGACAAUUAGAUCUGCUACCAAUUGCUCAUUUGCAUCUAAGUCACAUCCUUCUGGAUUUAGAAGGUUAUUAUGCAAAAGAAAGUGAAACAGAAAGUCUUCAAAUUCUGAAUACAAAAACACUUCACCUUGUUUUUCACCCAAAUCAGUUAUUCUCUGUCCAAGUGAACAUAUCAGUUAACAGUUUAAGGUGCUUACAACUGACUAAUAUUAAAUUGAAUAACGACAACUGUCAAAUUCUAAUUAAAUUUUUAUCAGAACUCAUUAGAGGCCCAACUUUACUGAAUUUUACUCUCAAACAUGUGGAAACAACUUGGAAAUGCCUGGUUAGAGUUUUUCAAUUUCUUUGGCCCAAACCUGUAGAAUAUCUCAAUAUUUACAAUUUAAUAAUAGUUGAAAGCAUUGAUGAAGAAGAUUUUACUUAUUCUAAAACGGCACUGAAAGCAUUGAAAAUAGAGCAUGUUACAAACAGAGUUUUUAUUUAUUCACAGACGGUGUUAUAUACAUUUUUUUCUGAGAUGAACAUUAUGAUGUUAACUCUAUCAGAUACACCUUUUAUACACAUGCUUUGUCCUCAGACAUCAAGCACAUUUAAAUUGAUUUGUCUCCAUGAGAGAAACUUUGUUCCUGGCAAGAGCAUUGUGGAAAAUAUCAUCAACUGCAUUGAGAAAAGUUACAAGUCCAUUUUUGUUUUGUCUCCCAACUUUGUUCAGAGUGAAUGGUGUCAUUAUGAACUCUACUUUGCUCAUCACAAUCUCUUUCAUGAAGGAUCUAAUAAUUUAAUCCUGAUCUUGCUGGAACCCAUUCCACAGAACUGCAUUCCCAGCAAGUAUCACAAGCUGAAGGCUCUCAUGACACAGCGGACUUACUUGGAAUGGCCCAAGGAGAAGAGCAAACACGGACUUUUUUGGGCUAAUAUUAGAGCUGCUUUUAACAUGAAGUUGACAUUAAUUGCUGAAAACAAUAAUGCAGAAACUUAUAAAAAAUCAGGAAAUUCAGUUUAA